UUUUAUGUGUGUGUGAGACGUAUAAUUUGUCUUUCCUUGAUUAAAUUAAUCUAGAAUCUCAAUCUACACAAAGCCAAUCGAACAACAGACAGGAAAUAGAACAACAUGUCGGGGGCAUCAGCUUUGCCAGACGAGCUAUGGAGUCGAAUUCUUGAAAUCGGAAUUGAAUCCUCAAACUUGAAUUACAAAGAUCUUUGCUGUCUCUCAAUUACUUGCACGCGCCUCAAUCAACUCUCCUCAGAUGAUUCUUUCUGGUCCUCUUUGUUCUCCACCGACUUCCCCCAAUAUCCUAUUAACCAACAUCCCUCAUCUUCUUCCAACAAAUCGCUCUACAAAAUUAGAUAUGAAAAAGUCCGAGAACAGAAGCUUUUGGCCCACAGAAGGGCUGUUUUAAGAAUUCAGAGCGAAAUCAACGAGCAUUCUAGGAGGAUUCGGGAGAUGGAACUUCGAUCUGCGGAGGAGAAAGAGAAAAUGAAGAACACUGUUGCUGAGUUGUUAAAUUUACGUAAGAUCAGGCAAGCCUCAGUUGCACUAAAUGUUUGGCAGCCAGAGGUUGUCCGAGGUAGUCAGAAGCAGAUGGUUGAGCAAUGCAAUGUGCCUAUUGAUAAUCGUAUCCAUGCCAUUGAGAUGGAGCUCAAGCUUUGCAAACAGCAAAUUCUAGGGUUUGACAAGGCCCUUAGAGUUGAAAAAAAGAGAAUGCAGACAGCAAAGGAAAAGCUGGCUUCAGUAGAAUAUCACCCCUUGUGGGAUUUUAACUUAACAGUCAGCCCGGUUGAUGAACAUGACAUGAGAAGGAAAAGAUCGAAGAACAUGAUCAAGGAAGGAAACUAGGAGUUGAUGCACCGCUGAAUUGGAUGAUUUACUCGUGGUCAAGGAAUUUUCUAGAAUGGUCAUGACAACUGGAUGAUACAAUGCAGAUGUUCAGCCUAUCUGCAUUUCUGUCCAAGCUCCAUUUUAGGCGCUGAUUUUGCAGUUGCUGUGUUCCUGUUGAUUAUUGGAAGUAUGGCAGAUUCGGUUCACCUCGAGUGCAUUUAGAAACAGAUAUCUGACAUGGGGAAGGGGAUUACAAACGUGGACAAUUUUGAUGCUGUCUAAUAUGCUUGUUUGCGGGGAAAGGAUGUUCAAGGAAAUGGAGGAUUAUUCCUCGGAGUCUGAAAAAGAGAGCAAAAUGGAUGUUCUGCAAUAGAAAGGGGAUUCUGAGGCUACAUUGGAAUAUCCAGUUGGAUGCUGAUACUCAAAAACACAUGCGGGUCGAGAAACUUUACUUUAUGCCUCACACAGUUGACAAAGUUAUGUGAGACUGCCUAUGUUUGAAAAGUAGUAUUUGUAGGUCCAAAGUAUUUUGGGUUAACAAAUUCAACUUGUCAAACACAGGCAACCAUUUGGAUCCCACAAUUUUCACUUGUCACACAUAGGGGGAACCUUAUACAACUUAAAUUGGUGUUUUUCAUUUUUUGAUCAACUUUAUUUGCAUGUCAAUAAAGAUGCCGGACUGCAAUGUCUAAUUAUGUCUAAAAUGGAUAUGAUGUAUGUAUUUGAUAU